AUGAUGCAAAGCUUCGACACAGAGCACAACCCCUCGGCGGUGGAGUCCGGUGACGCCGCUGUGAAGAGCGUCGACGUCGACGACGAUGGUCGAGAGAAGAGAACGGGGACGUUUAUGACGGCGAGCGCGCACAUAAUCACGGCGGUGAUAGGAUCGGGAGUGUUGUCGUUGGCGUGGGCGAUAGCACAACUCGGUUGGGUGGCAGGAACAGUAAUUCUGGUCACUUUUGCCGUCAUCAACUACUACACAUCCACAAUGCUCGCCGACUGUUAUCGAUCUCCGGACACCGGAAGACGCAAUUAUAUUUACAUGGACGUCGUCCGAACUUACCUUGGUGGUAGAAAGGUGCAGCUAUGUGGACUGGCACAGUACGGGAGUCUCGUAGGGGUCACUAUUGGUUACAGCAUCACUGCCUCCAAAAGCUUAGUAGCGAUCGGGAAAGCAAAUUGUUAUCAUGACAAGGGACAUGGUGCGAAAUGUUCCGUAUCGAACUAUCCAUUCAUAGCAGCAUUUGGGAUGGUACAGCUUAUUCUUUGCCAGAUCCCUAAUUUCCACAAGCUUUCUUUUCUCUCCAUUAUCGCCUCGGUUAUGUCCUUCUCUUAUGCGUCUAUCGGGACUGGCUUAGCCAUCGCCGCUGUGGCUAGUGGAAAGGUUGGUAAGACGGGUGUGACAGGAACGGUGGUUGGAGUGGAUGUGAGUGCGUCUGACAAAGUAUGGAGAUCAUUUCAAGCGGCUGGGGACAUUGCAUUCUCAUACGCUUAUUCCAUUGUUCUCGUUGAGAUUCAGGAUACAUUGAGGUCAAGCCCGCCAGAGAACAAAGUGAUGAAAAAAGCAAGCCUUGCCGGAGUAUCAACCACAACUGUUUUCUAUCUUUUAUGUGGUUGCAUUGGAUAUGCUGCAUUCGGAAACCAAGCCCCUGGAGACUUCCUUACUGACUUUGGUUUUUAUGAACCUUACUGGCUCAUCGAUUUUGCCAAUGCUUGCAUUGCUCUCCACCUAAUCGCUGCCUAUCAGGUGUUUGCACAACCAAUAUUCCAGUUUGUUGAGAACAAAUGCAACAAAAAGUGGCCAGAAAGCAAACUCAUCACCAGGGAACAUUCGGUGAACAUACCAUUGCUUGGAGAGUGUCGCGUCAGCUUCUUUAGACUGGUGUGGAGGACAGCCUAUGUGAUAUUGACAACAAUUGUAGCAAUGAUAUUCCCAUUCUUCAAUGCGAUCUUGGGGUUUAUCGGAGCAGUCUCAUUCUGGCCGCUAACAGUUUAUUUCCCGGUGGAGAUGCACAUCGCGCAGAAGAAGGUCAAGAAGUAUACGCUUAAAUGGAUGGGGUUGAAACUCCUUGUAUCGGUUUGCUUGAUUGUGUCCCUCCUAGCUGCAACAGGAUCCAUCGUUGGCUUGAUAAGUAGUGUCAAGGCAUACAAGCCUUUUCACAAUUUAGAUUAG